AUGUUUGCGCGGCCAUUUACCUUAAGGGCAUUUGCCCAGCAGUGUCCCCGGAGCACUCUCUCAUCCGUUCUCGAGUCCUCAAGUCCAGCAUGGAGGUAUUUCUCCUCCAGUGCCUCGCGAACAAAGGCUGCCAGCAAAACCCAACAGAUCAAGCCCAAGGUGGUGCGCACGGCGCCUGAAGACAGCUUGAAGUUUGCCGGACGACGCCCGGAAGGAUUUGGAAAGCUCGAAAGAAAGGUCGCCAAGGAGGGAGAGAUUGUCUUGUUCCGGGCGCCAUCGCAACGCGGAUACGUUUUGGGCGCCUACGGUAUUGCGGGCUUCUGUUUUGCCUACGCUGUAUACAAUUCCAAUGCCGUCUUUCGGGAUCCCCUUAUACCUCUCCCGAUGUGGCAGCAAGCUCUGUUCGGUGGUAUUUGCGUAACAAUGAGCGUUAUGGGUACGGUGUUCCUUUUCAAGACCACUCGGUUGAUCCGCGCCAUCAGGGCUGUCAAUGUCAACGGUCACACACAUCUUCGCUUCACCGUGCGAAGCGUGGUUCCGUUCCGCAAGCCUUACGAAUUUGACGCCCUGCCGCGUCAGAUCGCUUUCUCCCGCCGUUUGGUGAUCUCUCCGGAUUCGUCUCCGGAUAUGCUUUUGGAGUCUAUCCCGGAUGCGCCUGGUAUUGCAGGAGAGCGCACUGUGGCUCAGGGUGAGCAAGCAAAGGUUAGCUUCUUCAAAGCUCCCUUCAAGAGGAUGAGCAUGUCUAUGUGGCGGUUGUUCCGGUCUGUCCGGCAGAUCUUCUCCCAGGAGGACUUUAUCCUUCUGGAAGUGGAGGGCCAGAAGGGCGUUCUGCGCAUGGACUCUGGUGGCUACGUCUCACAGGACUUUAUGCUUGUUGGCAAUCCUGUGAGUUUCCGGCGCUGA